CCUUCCUCUGGUUCUACUUCCGAGGGUGAAAGGGUGUAGGCUUUGAGGCGUAUACCGCUGUUUGCUGGCUGUGUAGCGGAGACAUUAGCAGGGAGGCCUCGGUCGAAUGAGGAGAAGCCCCAUCAUCCGGGAGCGGAGGGACAGCGGCUGGCGCAGGGUGCCCUGCUGACAGGUAGUAGGUGCUGCCGGGGUUAUCGUUGUCUGAUGUGACGGACGCUGAUCGGGAGAGGUGACUGCUAUUUCAUUGCUGACCUGCAGUAUGCGGAGCGGAGGCUAGAGCAUGACAGCGUCUGUCCUGUGUGCUGGUUCCGCCUCCGCCCCCGGAUGUGGCUUUAAUAUAUUUACAAUGCCAAGAGCUGUCAGUGUUGGAAAAUAUAUCAGGACAUCUUAGCCCACUGAAAAAAGCAGGAGGUAUUUCUCUUGGAUGCCCUGAAAACUUUAUCACUGGGCCUUCAUUGUUGCUGUAUACAAUCUGCAGAAAGAAAUUUGCUCUAUAACUUAUAUAAACUGUGGAAUUCGAACCCUAUUCAUUACAUUCAACGGCAAGAAAAUCACGCACCAUGUCUACCUCCUCACUCCGCCGCCAGAUGAAAAACAUUGUCCACAACUACUCUGAAGCUGAAAUCAAAGUUAGAGAAGCUACAUCGAAUGAUCCAUGGGGCCCAUCCAGCUCUCUCAUGUCUGAAAUUGCAGAUCUCACGUAUAAUGUGGUGGCAUUCUCUGAAAUUAUGAGCAUGAUAUGGAAGCGGCUAAAUGACCAUGGAAAAAACUGGAGACACGUCUAUAAAGCUAUGACUCUAAUGGAGUAUCUUAUAAAAACUGGCUCAGAGCGGGUAGCACAACAGUGCAAAGAAAACAUAUAUGCUAUUCAGACACUGAAAGAUUUUCAAUAUGUGGAUAGAGAUGGGAAGGACCAAGGUGUGAAUGUUCGAGAAAAGGCUAAACAACUGGUGUCUCUACUGAAGGAUGAUGAAAGGCUGAAGGAAGAACGGACACAUGCCCUGAAGACUAAGGAGAAGCUAGCACAAACAUCUACAUCUUCUUCGGCCUCAUCAACACUGAAUCCAGCAACAGAAGCAGAGCAGGCCUGGCCUCAGAGCAGCGGAGAGGAAGAACUUCAGCUCCAGCUAGCUCUGGCCAUGAGCAAAGAAGAAGCGGAGCAGGUAAGAGCAAAGCCCCCUCCUGUGUCCGAAGAGGAAUUGCAGCUUCAGCUUGCACUUAGCUUGAGCAAAGAGGAACAUGACAAGGAGGAGCGAAUCCGAAGAGGAGAUGACCUCAGACUCCAGAUGGCGAUUGAAGAAAGCAAGAAGGAAGCGCCAUCUAAGCAGGAAGAGUCUUCCCUAAUGGAUUUAGCAGAUGUGUUUAGUUCCUCUCCUGUACCUACAUCAGACCCAUGGAGAUCAACAACAGCACCUACUUCAGAUCCUUGGUCCGGAGUAGUAAACACUUCUACUGCAUCAGCCGUGUCUGAUCCCUGGGGAGGGCCACCGGUGGCUACAGGUGCAAGUACAGACCCAUGGGGUGCUGGUAUUCAGACAAACAUUGCUCCUAGUGACCCCUGGGCAGGGACCCCAGCAGUUUCUUCAGCAGAUGCCAAAUCUGUGUCUGACCCGUGGAAUCCAGGAGGUGCUGCAACUACUGUUAGUGCCCAGAGCACUGAUCCUUGGUCUUCAAGUCCUUCUAUGGCAGCUAAGCAGACAACAGACCCUUGGACUCCAGCAGCAACCUUCUCCGAUCCCUGGGGAGGCUCUCCUUCUAAGCCACGUACAAAUGGGACUGUGGCCAGUACAACAUUUGACCAGUUCAUCAGUUCUGCAGAUAGAGAUGAGUUUUCCGAUUUUGACAACCUGAGGACUACCCUUCCCCAUUCAGGAAGCAGCACAGGUGAGCUGGAUCUUUUAGCUGGGGAAGUUCCAGUGUCUCGCUCACUUGGUUCAAAGAGUCCAGAUGCCUUUGACAUGGCAGCAAUGAGUGGUUCCCUCUCUGAAAGCUCCAAUCCUACACGGAAAACGCCUGAGUCAUUCCUGGGGCCCAAUGCUGCGUUAGUAGAUUUGGACUCUCUUAUUUCAAAACCCACCCUACAAAACACAAAAACCUCAAACCCCUUCCUAGUUACAGGGGCGACCAGUUCAGCUACAACAAAUCCAUUCCAGCCUAAUCAACAGUCAUCUCUUACGUUGAAUCAACUUCGUUCCAGUCCUGUGAUGUCAAUGGGACAGCAAGUGACACCUGCUGGACAAACCCCUGCAGCAAUUCCAUUUAGUUCUGUGUCACCCAUGGUAUCAGUGUCCCCUAUGGCCCAAGGAAUUCCUCUAGCCAAUGUGUCCCCAAUGGUUGGAAUGCAGCCUGUAGCUGGAGUGGUUGGCCUUCCAGUUGUUGCAGGGCCUCCUGGUGUUUCUCCCAUGGGUUUGUCUGCUAUGAUGCCUCCGCAGCAGUUGGUGACACAACCACUGGUACCAAAUCUAUCAGCACAAGCUGUGACUAGUACCACCAACCCUUUCCUAUUAUAACAGGCUGUGGAAUGAUUGAAUUUGUAAUGGUGAUGACGGGGGUGAUGGGUCAAACAUGGCAUCAUCUUGCUACCACCACAGAAUGUCCCUGUAAUUUACAUCUUUUGUGGCAACCCUGUAUUAGCAGCACCUUGGAAUUUUGUGUGUCUGCUUCCUUUUCACUGUGCCUCUGAAUACCAAGAAAUAGUAUUUUUACCCCUCCCCGUAGUACAGGUAAAGGUGUUUAGGUUAAAAACCAUAGCUUAAUAUUGUUUUCUGCAGGAUAAUUGAUAAUACGUAGUGUUAUGCCAGAAUUUUACUGUCUGAUAUUUUCAUUUACUGCCCCCUAAUCCUUUUUUGCAUUAAUAGCUGCACUUCACAGUAUGAUUGAUUGGUUUUGUUUGUUUCUGCCUCGUAGCAAUCCCAGGGGCUUUUGACUUGUGAGCCAAGCAGAACAUCUGUUUUUUUCCUUAUGUAAAAGGUAUUUUGCCUACUCUUUUACCGACAUUUCCAACCUGAUAUCCCCUACCCCCAUCUUUCACUUCAAUUCAACACAUUGGCCCUCAUUUACUAAGAGUUGAGUGUAGGUUUCUUUGUGGGUUUUAGUUCCCUACAAUUUAUUUUCCACGGUAUUUACUAAGGUUUCCCUACAUUUUCCACUUUCCCUACACUUUGCUUUUUUUUUUUUUUUACACAUGCUCUGAUCUGUCUGGUUUUCCUCAGCUCAAAUCCACCACAUUUUAUGUGGAAACCUUAGUAAAUAUGUUGGGUUUUUGUGAAAAUGUCGGGAACACGCCCCUUUUUGGAGACCAUGCCCCUUUUUCGUGUUUUUUUCAGCAAAAUGGAGAGUUAGUCGGGUUUUUUCAAUUCUGGCGCAAAAUCUGGUGCAGACAGAAUUUCUGGCGCAAUGCGACAGAAUCUGGCACACAACCCGACAAAACAUGUCAGGUUUGCAAUAGUAAAUGAGGGCCAUUGUUUCCUUUACCUUUCUUAUAACUACGGUGUUGGUUGGCUCUACUUGUAAAUACAGCACAUUGCUCUAGCAACUCUGUAUGAUUGGACCACAUUAGAAAAAUGCCCUAUUUAGAACAAUAUAUUGAUAUAACACUAAAAGGCUAGGCUCUGUUGAGCAGGAGAUUAAUGGGGGAUUUCUGGGUUGUAUUGCCAUAAUAGCAGGACAUUUCCUAUUUAUUAGAAUGAAUCUAUGAAUGCUGAUUAAGUGGAUUUUUAACCCUUGAGUUUAUUCCAUUUCUUUCAUAUUACCAUUACAAAUCAAAUCUGUGAUGUUGAUUUGUUUGAUGACCACUUAAUAAACUGAAGGCUUUGCUUGGU